AUGAUCGACACGCCUCGUUGUCAACUCCGUAACGCUACAGCCAUACAAACAUCAACCCACGUUUCAAAUAAGCAAAACACGAUCGUCGAUGAUACCAAAAUACUGCAUGAUCUUGUGCAACAACAACUUAAAGUGCUCAAUCGUCGUGCAAUGGCGUUAGCAACCAAUGCACUAUUUGAGGAAGCAUUGCAUGAUGCCACUCAAAUGAAGCAAAUUGCAUCUUAUGCUCCAUCAGGCUACCUGUGUGCAGCCCAAAUAUUUACUAUGCAGGGCCGUCAACUUGCAGCCAUCCAUGAAUGCAACAAAGGACUCCAAACAGUGUCGUUGGCGGAUCCUUUGUACGACCAGCUACAGGUGAUCAAAUCAGAAGCUGAAUCAAGGCAGGACACAUGCAUCGACUUUAUUACCGAGUUGCCGCUGGAUAUUAUCGAUAACAUCGCGACACGGUUUUUUCCACAAGUCAUUCGUUCCUAUGAUACGGCAAGUCCAUAUUUGAAUGUUUCUCGAAAUUGGCGAGAUAGGCUGUGUGCAUGUGUCGAAUUGAGAUUUUCGCUGACAGCAUUCGACGCCUCCAGUGAAACGUUUCAUGCACUCGAAUCUUACGCGCCCUUUAUUAAGGGCCUCACUUUAUCCUACGAUGGCUUACAUUACCUACAACUAUUACCAAUCUUCACCAUGCUUCGAUCUUUCACUGCCGUUUGUCAAUCAUGUUUCGAUGUUGAUUUAUUGCUUGAAGCUCUUGGCCAUGUUGGCAACAAUCUCAAAGAACUCAGCAUAGAAUCCAGCAGCGGUGAAACAUCGCUUGCUUUGGGUGAGGUCUUUCGUAUAUGUCCGAAUCUCACCACGUUGCAUUGCCAAACCAUCAACAUGGACAUGUCAGCAGCUAAACGUACCUACCCGAAAAUGGCGAAACUAUCAUUAGCACGUAUAUUUCCUUCCAUGGAUCAAACUAUAAUCCAAGACCUAUUUUCUCGAUUACCCGCACUCCACGUGUUUAGUAUUGAUCAAGUAGCUGAUCCACGCGCAUUGCUUCUUGUCCCAACCCUUUGUCCAACGGUCAAAGUGCUCUUGCAUGAUACCCCUUUGUCGAUCCUACCACAGCGGUCUGAUGCUUCCAACCAUCGAUGCUUCAUCAAGCCUGGAUUACAGAAACUGUGUAUUGAUGGAUCUAAGCUCGACACAAAUGACUUUUUCGCCAUGCUCGAAAACAACAAUGAUACAUUACAAGAAUUACGUUAUUGGCAUCGGGCAUUAUCUCAACCACAGCAGCAGCAGUUAAUGCGCCAUCGUACUACCACCACUACCAGUUUUUCGGAUGGCAUCAUGACACCAUUGUUAUCUCAACUCAAGCAUUUGACCACAUUCUUUUGCGAACUUGAAGAUCGCCGAUCUCAAUAUAUAGCUACAUGCGUCUUGGAGCGUGCACCUCAACUCGAACACGUAUCCAUCAAGAACAACUUUAUUGACACGACUUGGAAUGGCGCUAUCUUUGAUGCACUUAUUGCCUUGAAGCAUCUACAUACACUCGAACUCAGCAUGCGGCGUAUCAACGAUGAUGCUUUACAACGCUUUGCCGACCGACAUUGUGGAAGGGCCGAAAGGGGUGCAACAUUAAGACAUAUUUCACUGGGAGCAUUUUAUGGUCUUUGUGAUGAAACACUGUACAAGGUUGCAUGUAUCCCUUCGCUCGAAUCGAUCUCCAUUGAGAGUAAGGUGGUGGAAAAGAUGAGUACGUUAAUCACAUGGAUGGAGCUUUUAGGACAAGGAUGUGCAUCUUUGAAGCAGGUGCGCUUUGCAGGAACAACAACAGCCAAUGACCAAAUCCUUUGUCACAUGCAUUACAUGCAAAGUGUUGAACGUGUAGUUUUGAGCAACUUACCCCACAUCACUGAUGCUGGUAUCAUGGCAUUACUUGCAUGUCCACGAUUACGGCACAUUCAUAUUGAGAAUUGUUCUAGAAUUAGUUAUGAAGUAUUAAGCGUAUUGCAGGAAAAGGCGCACAUUUCAAGCGUACAUGUCAAAUAG